AUGGACGAGCCGGCAAUUUCCUUCACCGACGAAGAUGCUGAGAGGAUCCAUCACCUGCAUAACGAUGCAAUUGUCAUUACCCUGCUUAUUGCAGAUUAUACAACUAGGAGAGUGUUAGUUAACAAUGGAAGCUCAGCAGAUAUAUUGUACUAUCCUGCCUUCCAACAGAUGAGGCUUGGGCGGGAUCAACUUCAUCCAGUAUGUUCACCAUUGAUAGGGUUCGGAGGAAUGAAGCCUGUUCGUCAGAAGAAAGGGGUGUUCGCCCCUGAGCGGGAUAAGGCAAUCAAGGAAGAGGUUCAGAAACUAACCACGACACAGUUUAUUAAGGAAGUCUAUUACCCAGAUUGGUUUGUUUCAAAAGCCACAGACAAAUGUUUACCUUUCUUCAAAGUCCUCAGGAAGGCAUUCGAAUGGACGGAUGAAUGUCAAAAGGCCUUCCAAGACCUGAAGAACUAUCUCACUAUAGCUCCAUUAUUAAGUUCGUCCGUGCAAGGAGAAGAACUAUACCUGUACUUAGUGGUGUCUCCAUAUGCCGUAAGUUCAGCUCUAAUCAGAGAGGAAGGGAAAGUACAAAAACCUGUGUACUACACUAGCCGAGCACUCAAAGGAGCAGAGGGAAGGUACCCACUUAUAGAAAAGUUGGCUUUUGCACUGAUAACAGCUUCUAGAAAGUUAAGACAUUACUUCCAAGUUCAUGUCAUCAAUGUCAUGACAGACCACCCGCUCAAGAAGGCAAUGAACAAGCUGGAAGCUGCAGGAUGUCUAAUUCAAUGGGCGGUGGAACUUAGUGAGUUCGACAUUCGGUACCAACCGAGAAAUGCAAUAAAGGCUCAAGCCCUAGCAGAUUUCAUUGCAGAGUUCACUCCAAGUUACGAGGAUCUUGGAGAAAGAGAGUACAAUAAAAAAUGGGUCGUCCAUGUAGAUGGAUCAUCUACAUUGCAUGCUGGAGGAAUAGGAGUUGUUUUGCAGUCACCAGAAGGAGACAAAUUAAAGUACAAGGCUCGUUUGCAAUACCAAACUACCAAUAAUGAAGUGGAGUAUGAAGCCCUUUUAAAGGGGUUGGAGUUGGCUAACUCAAUACUUAUCUUGGGAGACUCUCAGUUGGUUAUAGGCCAAGUAAAUGGGAUGUGUGAAGCCAAAGAAGACAAAAUGAAGAAAUAUCUAAAGAAGGUAGUGCGCCUUGUGAAGAAAUUUAAAGAAGCUGAUUUCAUUCAAAUUCCAAGGGAAGAGAAUGUAGAAGCAGAUGUUCUGGCAAAAGAGGCGUCUGUGAAUGAAGCAAUAGACGAGUUGGAUGCAGUACAAUACAUGUCUAGUAUAGACCUUCCAGAGAUGCUGCAAAUAGAGGGUGAUGAAAAUUGGAUGACCCCAAUAGUGUCAUACUUGAAGGACGAAAGGCUUCCAGAAGAGAAGGACGAAGCUAGGAAGCUCAGGGUCAAAUCAGCCAGAUACAUACUUAUGGACGAAGUGUUAUACAAAAGAGGUUUUUCCCAGCCUCUCCUAAGGUGUUUGGCUCCAGACGAGGCAAACUACAUGUUGAGGGAGGUUCAUGAAGGAGCAUGUGGUAACCAUUCGGGAGCUAGAUCACUCGUCCAUAAAGUCAUCCUAGCGGAUUCUAUUGGCCAACCAUCCAAGCUGAUGCUAAGGCAUAUGUUAAAGUAUGUGAUCAAUGUCAGCGCUUCAGCAACAUUCCUAGACAGCCAGCAGAGUAUCUCAUGCCAAUGA